AUGAGCCAGGCUAUCUCUGCAGCUGAGCUCCCGGAGUAUGCGCCUAUGACGCUUGAGGACGUCGCGAAGGUGCGCGACGACCUUGGACGCGUCUUCGCGUCGGGCAAGACGCGGGACGUCGCCUGGAGAAAAGAACAGAUUCUGGGCUUGGUGUACAUGCUGAAGGAUAACAUUGACUUGUUCAACGCUGCACUCGCGAAGGAUCUUGGGCGCGCGCCGCUGGAAACUCACAUCCUGGAGGUUGCGCCCGUCCUGGGCGAUCUCCGUACACUGUAUGAUGGUGUUGCGAAAUGGAGCAAGACGGAAAGCAUGCCGUUCGACGUCGCAUGGACGGCGAUGCGCCCGCGUGUGAGGAAGGAGCCAAAGGGCUGCGUGCUCAUUAUAUCGCCUUUCAACUACGCUUUUAACCUCACUCUCGCACCCAUUGGUGGCGCGCUCGCAGCCGGAUGUACCGUCGCAUUCAAGCCGAGCGAGCUCACGCCUCAUCUGAGCGCGGUAUUCGCCAAGCUGUUCCCACUCUAUGUCGACCCGGAGGUUGUGCGCGUCGUGAACGGCGCGGUGCCGGAAACGACGCUAUUGCUGGAGAGCCAAUGGGAUCACAUCAUGUAUACUGGGUCCGGACGCGUCGCACGGAUCGUACUAUCCGCCGCGGCCAAAACGCUAUCGCCAGUGACGACAGAGCUCGGCGGUAAAUCGCCCGUAUUUGUUGAUUCGACCUGCGAUCUGAAGGUUGCGGCACGUCGCAUGCUCUGGGGCAAGUUCGCGAACGCAGGUCAGACGUGUAUCGCGCCGGACUACGCGCUGGUCCAGAAGGACUUCCAAGACAAAUUCGUGCAGGCGCUACUAGACGUGUGUAAGGAGUUCUACCCCGACGGAGCAGAGAAGAGCGAUUCCUUCUCGCGGAUUAUCACCGAGACGCAUACAAGCAGGCUGGGAAAGUUGAUUGAUGCCACCAAAGGCCAAAUUGUUUAUGGAGGCGCCGUCAACAUCGAGAAGCGCUUCGUUGAGCCGACCAUUGUCAAGGACGUACAGGGCGACGACGCGCUCAUGGCCGAGGAGCUCUUCGGUCCCAUACUUCCCAUCAUCCCCGUCUCUUCUGUAGACGCCGCGAUCGCAUACGUGAACGCGCACGAUCACCCACUGUCGCUCUACAUCUUCUCGCGCAACCAGUCCUACGUCGACCAUGUCACCUCUUCGACUCGCUCGGGUGCCGUUGUGACCAACGACACGAUGAUUCAUUGGGCCGCGCCUGGCGCGCCGUUCGGUGGUGUCGGACCGAGCGGAAGCGGCGCCUACAAGGGCAAACACACCUUCGACACCUUCACCCAUCAACGUACGGCGCUUGACUCGCCGUCAUGGCUCGACAUGGUGCUGAGUGGGCGUUAUCCACCGCUCAGCAAACGCAAGGCCGACACGAUGGACUUACUUACGCUUCCGAGCUUCCCUGGCAGGCCAAGCCAUCUGCGGGAAGGGAAACGCUCGUGGGGGCUGUUCAGCGCCUUUUAUUCUGCCGUGUCCAAAGUCACCUCCGCCGUCUUUGGUCGCUCGACGUACAGGGCCAAGCAGGCUUGA